ACACCUCAAAGCUAGCCUAGGGCAGAACCUGUUGGGGGGUUUUUCAAUCGAAAGUGAGAGCGCACCACACUCCACCAUUCCCCUCCCCUUUUGUUUCUUCAAAUCGCUCACCAGCUCUCCAUAUUUUCCGAGUUACCACACCUACAAGCAAAACUUUUAAGCUGGAAAAAGGAUAUAUAUAUGCAUAACGAUCAAUGGGCCGUCCAGAACCUUCCGUGCUGUUUGCCCAGACGUUUGCACACGCGCACCUUGAUGAAUACGUUGAUGAGGUUAUAUUUUCUGAACCUGUUGUUGUCACUGCUUGUGAGUUUCUCGACCAGAGCUCAUCAUCGUCAUCACCUGCAGUAACACUUUUGGGGGCCACCUCACCUCCUUCAUUUGCUUUAGAGGUAUUUGUUCAUUGUGAAGGGGAGACAAGAUUUAGACGGUUAUGUCAGCCUUUUCUGUAUUCUCCUUCCUCUUCAAAUGUUCUCGAAGUUGAGGCAAUCGUAACAAGCCAUUUGGCUGUGAGGGGGAGCUACCGCAGCCUUAGUUUGGUUAUAUAUGGGAACACCGGGGAAGAUCUCGGGCAGUUCAGCCUAGAAGUUGAUUUAGACAGCUCUUUUACGAACACUGUGUCCAUUGUUGAGGGCAACCUUGAGGACCUUCCUCCUGCACUAAACCCUGUAAAGUCAACCAUUGAGGAACCCAUGUCUCCCCUGAAGUCACUGACUCUGAGACCUUAUACAUCAGAUAUAUCUGUUGAGAUGAAGCAGUUUUUACAGUUAUCUUUGAAGAUCUUGAUGAUACCGAAUGCAGGAGAUGCUUUGAAUGCAGUAGUUAACUCUCUUGCGUCAACAGCAGCUACAUUUUCAACUCAAAGCUUGCAACGUGCAUCUAGAAGAAAUGAAGUGGUUGACCAUGAUGAAUCUUAUUAUGAUGCUAGUCAAGUCGGAAAGGAGAUGCUUGAUAUUUUUAAUAACCUUCUGACUACCUCAGGAAAUUCUGAAAUUUUGUCAGAGAACAUUUCUUUUGAAUCCGAGGGUGGUUUAGUCUCUUCUAAAGAGUUGGUGAAUACUUUAGCGCAACACUAUCACAAUAUUGGUAAUUGUGAGAGUGUUUUAGGUGCUCAGCUUCCACAGAGCAAGAUUGUCAUGGCGUGGCUAAGUGCUGCACUUAUAUUGUGUUCAUAUAAAGAGAGCUGCUUCAAUUUCGUUGAUGGUGGGGGCAUGAAACAGCUCAAUGACAUUUUCUGCACAAAAGUGCAUUCUAGUGCUGCCACACUGAUGCUACUUGGAGUUAUUGAGCAGGCUACUAGGCAUUCUAUUGGGUGCGAGGGAUUUUUAAAUUGGUGGCCCAGGGAAGAUGAUACGAUUCCUAGUGGAACCAGUGAAGGUUAUAAUCAAUUGCUUAAGUUGUUGAUGCAAAAGCCGCGUCACGAUAUUGCUUCUCUUGCCACAUACAUUCUCCACCGCGCACGUAUCUAUGAAGUUGCUUCCAGAUAUGAGUUUGCUGUACUACAUGUGCUGGGAGGUGUCUCUUCUAUCGGUAAUGCUAUGCCAAUUACUGUGGACAUGCUUGCAAGUGCUAAGCUCCAACUCAAAAAACUUUUGAAAUUAUUAAAUUCUAGUGUGCUAGUUGACGAUCCUUCUCAAGUUGCAAGCGCAAGCAGGUCACUUAUUCUUGGUGAAAUGGAUGGUCUAUUGUCAUACAAAGCGACUAGUAGGCUGGUUACUUUGUCAAACUGUCGGUUUUCAAGCUGUGAUAUUGACCCGCACGUGCUUUUUCUUCUUAAGGAAAGGGGUUUUCUUCCUUUAUCUGCCGCACUUCUUUCAUCGUCUACAUUGCUCUCUGAAACGGGCCAUGCUAGGGAGUUAUUAAUGGAUAUCACAUCAGACAUUGCAUCCAUAAUUCUUUCACUUGUCUUUUGUCGGUCAGGCUUAAUGUUCCUUCUGCUUGACCCUGAGCUCGCAACUACUGUAAUUCUUGCUCUAAGAGGACCUGAUUUGGGGAUGCAAGAGUCUAUUCCUCUUCGUUAUGCAUCAGUCUUGAUAUCCAAGGGUUUUUUCUGCCAUCCUCGUGAAAUUGGAAUAAUUAUGAAGACACAUUUGAGGGUGAUGAAUGUGGUAGAUCAGUUGAUCACGUCACAACUGCAUUCAGAAGACCUUUUAUGGGGUUUAUGGGAGCUUUGUUGCAUCUCCAGGUCUGAUUAUGGGCGCCAGGCUUUGUUGGCCAUAACACAUUUUCCAGAGGCUGUUUUAGUUUUGAUGGCUGCAUUACAUUCUGUCAAAGAAUUGGAACCAGUUUCUGUGAAUAAUGGAACCGCACCACUUAAUCUUGCCAUCUUCCACUCGGCUGUAGAGAUAUUUGAAGUCAUUGUUCUCGAUUCCACAUCAUCCUCCAUGAGUUCAUGGAUUGGACAUGCUAAGGAACUUCACAAGGCUUUGCAUUCUUCGUCCCCCGGGUCAAACAGAAAAGAUGCUCCUACACGGCUUUUGGAGUUAAUAGAUGGUGGUGUGGUUUAUCAUAAAAAUGGGGCUAUUGGCCUACUGAGAUAUGCUGCUGUGUUAGCUUCUGGUGGAGAUGCACUCAUGGCGUCGACAAACAUUUUAGCAUGUGAUGAAAUGGAUGUUGAUAGUGUUGUUAAUGAUGUUUCAGGAAGUUCUGAGGGGAACAUAAUUGAUAAUUUAUUAGGGAAACCAAUUACCGAGUCAAGGUUUCUUGGUUUUACACUCCGUGAUUCCUCUGUGGCUCAACUGACAACAACUUUCCGUAUCUUGGCCUUCAUUUCAGAGAAUUCGGUUGUUGCCGGUGCUUUAUAUGAUGAAGGAGCUGUAAUGAUAGUUCACGCAGUUCUUUUAGAUUGCAAACUGAUGCUUGAGAAGUCAUCAAACAACUAUGAUUACCUUGUUGACGAGGGUACAGAAUGCAAUACUGCAUCGGAUAUACUUCUUGAACGAAAUCGUGAGCAGAGCGUUAUUGAUCUGUUAGUUCCUUGCCUGUCGCUGCUGAUUAAUCUAUUGCAUAAACUGAAGGAGACAAAGGAGCAACACCGGAAUAAAAAGCUUAUUCAGGCACUUUUACAUCUGCACCGGGAACUCAGCCCAAAGUUGGCCUCCUGUGCAGUUAAUUUAUCUUAUACACAUCCCGAUGUUGUGCUUCGAUAUGAAGCUGUGUGCCAUCUUAUUGUCUCAGCACUUGCUUGUUGGCCUGCAUAUGGUUGGACUCCCACUCUUUUUCAUUUUCUCCUAGAUAGCCUUCACGCCACUUCAUUGCUGGCAAUGGGUCCAAAAGAAACUUGCAGCUUACUUUUUCUGUUUAAUGAUAUUUUACCUGACGAAGGCGUCUCACUUUGGAAGAAUGGAAUGCCCAUUUUAAGUGCUUAUCGACAGUUGGCUGUUGGAACACUAUUAGGUCCCGAGAAGGAGAGAGAGAUCAACUGGUACUUAAAGGCUGGACACAAGGAGAAGCUGAUUGGACAGUUGAAACCAAUGCUUCACAAGAUUGCAGAGAUCGUUCUACAUUGUGCUAUUAGCGCCUUGGUUGUUAUACAAGACUUGUUGCGAAUAUUUAUCGUCCGUAUGGCAUGCUUACAUGCUGAUAGUGCUGCCAUACUCUUGAGGCCCGUGAUACUUUGGGUAGAUGAAUGGCUAUCAGAGUCAUCCACAAUUACUGAUACAGAUGCUUACAAGGUUUGCAGAUUGCUUGAUUUUCUUUCUAGCCUACUCGAGCAUCCACGUGCAAAGCCAAUACUGUUGCGUGAAGGGGUAGUACAGAUGCUAUCCAAAGUACUUAAAAGUUCCACCACACUUCCUCAACAUAGUUGGUGCAUCCCUGCAUGUAGGUCAAUUUCUUUAAUAUCUGACUCCAAGAAUGAUAGGGAAACCGCAAAUGUAUUGACAGCGCAGGAUUGUUCAUUGCUUUUAUUCCAACUUUUUAGACUUGUCAAGUUUCUGCCAGUUGGGAAAGAGUUAUUCUCGUGUCUGUCAGCGUUUAAAAGUUUAGGAUCUUUACCUGAAGGUCGAAGUGGUUUGCAAUUGAUUUUCGCACAUGCCCAAUCAUCAUAUCAAGAAGAAUCUGAACCUGAUAACAGACAAUUAUUUAACACGAGCUCUGAUCACAAUGAAUUGCAAAAGUCCCCUCCGUUGCUAUUUUGCUUAAUAACUUUAUUAAGCUCAAUUGAAAUGGAGGAUGUUCCAUCAGUAUUGACCAUUGAUGCUGUUGAGGCGCUUACGUCAGGAGCUUUGACCUUUUGCAUGGAUAAGAGCUUGAAUCUAAAGAUGGUUGAUAUUGUAAAAUACCUCUUUGGGCUUCCUUGUGGUAUAAAUAAUGUAAAUAACUCUUCAGAGGUGAACAUCAAGUACAUUGUUAAGUUGAAAUCCUUGCUAGGUUCCAGUCAGGUUAAAGAAUAUGCAAACUCAUUGUUAGCUCUGCUGGAAAAGCCGAGUGAUUCCAUUAAUUCGGAUGAGAUUAAUUCUAGUGUUUACAAGUCACUGGCGAAUCAAAAUCAAGGUCCAUUAAAGAUGCAAAAGAUUUCAAAUUUUAGUGUUGACCGCUUGGAACAUUACAACUUGAACACCUUUGGGGAUAAGUUUAUGUGGGAUUGUCCUGAAAAUUUACGUGACCGGUUUUCUCAAAGUUCGCAAUCUAUUAGAAGGAAACCUACACCGUUGGAAGCCGCUAACAGGCGUCCACGGGCUGAAAACGUGGUAGCUGAGAACGUGAACCAAAAUACGUUUUCUCGGGGGGGUCAAUUCAUAGCUCCUUCAGGACCGACCCGUAGAGAUGCUUUUCGCCUUCGAAAGCCCAAUACUAGCAGGCCACCUUCUAUGCAUGUCGAUGACUAUGUUGCUAGAGAGAGAAAUGAUGGCACUACCAGUUCAAACGUAAUUGCGAUUCCACGGUUGGGAUCUAGCAGUGGUAGACCACCAUCUAUUCAUGUGGAUGAGUUCGAGGCUCGGCAACGGGAGCGAAAAAAUCCUGUCGGGACAGCAGGGAGCCCUCAGGUAAAAAACACACCUCCUGAAAAUGACCCGGAUGCAGAGAAAACGAACAAAUCUAUGCAGUUGAGGCCUGAUCUGGACGACGACCUCCAGGGGGUCAAUAUUGAGUUCGGUGGUGAGGAGUCGGGAUCUGAUGAUGGGCUGCCAUUUCCACAACCAGACGAUAAUUUACCCCAACCGUCAUCGGUUAUUGAUGAACAAAAUUCUCCUCAUUCGAUUGUUGAAGAGACAGAAAGUGAUUCUCGUUUGGGUACGCCAUCAAAGUCUAAUUUCGAUGAUAAUAAUCAAAGUGAUUUUUCUUCACGGAUUUCGGUUUCACGGCCAGAAAUGUCGUUGACCCGUGAGCCGAGUAUAUCUUCUGAGAAAAAGUACUUUGAGAACAACGAUAAACUGGAAAAAUCUUCUGGAUUUUCAUCUUCGAUUAAUGUUAAAAACUCUAAAUCAAUAGCUGAUAGCAGGGUGCCUCAUAAUUUGUAUCCUAAUCUUGGGCAAGCUGAUAAUUCUAAAGAAUUUUAUGAGCAAAAAUUUCCGUUGGCACAACCUCCUCUCCCUCCAAUGCCACCACCGUCCAACAUUUCACCUGUUCACAAAACUUAUUCGAACCAGUCUGCUCCCUUCCAGAACUCGAUACGUGAUGCCCAACCACCACUGCCACCGGGAUUUCAUCAGGUCCACUCUGAAUAUGCAAGGACGACACAUGCUUCUUCCAGUGGGUCCAUGAGGCCUCAACCCCCUCUUCCACCUACCCCGCCACCUUAUACUGCAGCGUCUUCUUCAUCAUCUUUAAGAACAUCUACACCUCCAUCUUCAGCAUAUAAUCAAUCCAAUAUUGGAUCUUCAGAGUUGAUGCAUAAUUUUGCUUCUUCAAAUAUGGCAAAUCUUUCUUAUCCUCUACCGCCAAUGAUUUAUAACAGGCCUGUUUUCAAUCCUUAUGGAAAUCAAGGAGAACACCAAGCGUCUCUUUCGCAAACUUUUCCAAUUGGUUUUUCUUCUUUACAGCCAAUUACUCAGCUGCAGCCAUUGCAACCACCACAACUCCCCCGGCCACCCCAGCCACCACCACAGCAUCUAAGACCACCGGUUUCAGCUUCAUCACAGUCAGAUCAAACUAUGGCUGCUUCUGUUCAAAUGCAAGUACAACAAUUGCAAAUGGUGCAACCAUCUAAUGUAUAUUAUCAAACGACGCAACAAGAGAACUUUUCUCAUACUCAUCAACAGCAACAACUCCAGCAGCAGCAGCAGCGGUUGGAUCCUCAAGCACAUGCUCUGCAUCAACAAGGGCAUAAUAGCAAUUUUCAACAGCAAGAUGCUAGUGCAUUGUCACUGCAGCACAUUUUCAGUUCCCCGGAAGCUAUUCAGGACCUCCUAGGGGACCGGGAAAAACUUGUCCAGCUUCUAGAACAGCACCCUAAGUUGAUGCAGAUGCUUCAGGACAAACUACAUGGCUGACAUCUUGAAGAACGCCAUGGAGCUGCUAGCAUUAUCUUCAAGUUUUUAAUUUUUUUUUUCUAUAGCAACGAGUGGAGGGGUUUAGCCAUUUAGGUAUUACGAGUUGUGUUCUUAUGGGCAUUGCCUGAUGUGAACAUUCAUGUACAAUUGUUGUAAACUGUUAUAUCGGCAUGUAAUUAUAAUUAACUGCCAAACCUUCUAUUUUUCUC